UAUACAGUACUGAGUCAGUACAUGUAUUUGUUUAUCACCAGUAUCCGGCCAGUACAAGUGCGACGCUUAUACAGGACGGUUUAUCAGUGUCUGUGAAAUGAGUGAAUCGAAUAAUUUGAAUUCGGUCGAAGAAGUUCUGCAACCAAAGAGAGAGACUUUGAGAAGUGUAACAGAAGAUGUUUCGGAAGAAAAAGUGGAUAGAAACAGCUGGGGUUAUGUGGUCGGGUUUGGAACGAUUAUAACGUUUAUUGCUGGUAUUGGGCAUGUGAAUUCUUUUGGACUGAUUUAUAAUGAUUUCAUUAAUGAGACGCAAUCGACUGCCAAGUCUUUAACUUCUGCGCAUGGAGUAUUUUCUAUAAUGCUGGCUAUUGGAGGAAUAAUACUCAACAGCAUUACAAAGAAAUAUUCACUAAGAACAGGAGGCUUGAUAGGAGCCGUCUUACUAUGCACAGGCUCCUUCAGCACCAUGUUCAUAACGAACGCCAACCAACUGCCAAUCACAUUUGGCGUCUUCCAAGGGAUCGGUUUUGGCAUAAUGGUCCCAGUAUGCUACUCAACUUUGAACUACUAUUUUGUAAGGAAAAGAACCACAGUGAUGAGUAUCUGCAAGGCCAUACAAGGAGUGUUACUGAUGUGGUACCCGCAACUCAUAAAGACGAUCAUGUCAGUAUAUGGGUUCAGAGAAACCUUGUUCUUAUUGGCUGGAAUGUCCCUCCACACCUUUCCAGGAAUGCUAUCAAUGAUAACUGACAAGAAGAAACCGAGAAACAUAAGAACAGCAAAUGAUUUAGAAAGUGGGAAACAAUGUGAUAAUGAAGAUCUGUUACUUUCGAAAGACAAUGAAUUGAAAGAGGAUCAUAAUAAAAGUGUAAUACUUCUCGAGAAAAUUAGACAGAAGAUCGUGGAAAUAUUAAACUUCAAUAUAUUGAAGGAUGCCGUUUACUGCAAUAUUUGUCUAGGACAAAGUUUCGUCAACUUUUCCGAUCUCACUUUCUUCAUACUACAACCGAUGCUGCUAUUUCAAUACGGAUAUGAUAGGACACAAGUAGCAAUGUGCAUCUCCAUCUGUGCAGCAGCGGACGUCGGAGGAAGGUUCGCCCUGGCCAUUAUCAGCAGCAUCUUCAACAUCAACACUAGAAUACUGUUCUACUUAGCAACACUCCUCACCUUCCUAAUCAGAUUACUCAUGUUACAAAUCACCCAAUUCGUCUGGAUGGCGACAGUCACUGGUGCCUUAGGAGUUCUUAGGGCCUGGCUACAUGUGGCCAGUCCAUUGCUCGUUUCCAACCAUGUAUCUCAUGAAGACUUUCCUGGGGCCUACGCAAUGUACAUGCUUGCUGCUGGCACUGUUAAUGUUACUUUUUCACCAGUAAUAGGAUUAUUGAAAGACGUAUACCAAGACUACGUUCCAGCAUUUUACGCUUUAUCUUUGUGUUGUAUUCCUUGCCUUUUAUUCUGGCCUAUUGAAUAUGUUAUUAGAACGAAGUAAAUAUUUAACAUUUAUGCUAUAAAACUAUUAUUAAUUAAUUAUGUAUAAAAUAGCAACU